AGUGAGAGGCGGGACAGGUGGAUGACGAGGAGGGAGACGAGGAGCCGGAGGUGUGGGGAGCGCGACCUGCCGACAGUGUUCCCCGCGAGGAGAUGCAGCGGCAGAUUGUUGCUUUCCGUGAGACCCGGCCUUCCCAUCGCCGUUCGGUUGAGUCCAUAUUCGGCAGGAGGGCGACGGAGCUGCGACCGUACCCGGAGGGCGGGGAUACUGCGCCCGCUGACGCAGCGGACGACGAGGCCGACGACGAGUGGACCGACGACGAUGAUGCACCCGUGAGUGGCGACGUGACGGCGGAGCGUGUGUAUUACACCUACGGAGCGGGACGUGACGGCGCGGCUUCGUACACAUCGGUCAUCACCGAUGAUGUGCCAUCGGGCGGACGGGCGAGUGCGCCGUCGACGGAACAGGCGAGUGCGAUGGCCAGACACCGUCCCGUUGAUCUUGCGGGUGGUUCGGGUGCCGACGUUCGUGUCGACGAUUUGGGGGAGCACGCCCCACGUCAGGGCCUUCGAUCUGAGGGCAGGCCUUGGGAGGUUAGGAGCGACGACGAGGGCGACGACGAGGCAUGGGAUGAGGAGGAGGAGGUGGCCCUUCAGGAUCGAUGGUUCGCUCCCUCGCAUCAUCCCAUCGCGGCACCCACUGAGGGACCCAGGCGUUCGGCGAGGCUGGCCUCUGGAGCUGGGGGAGAGCGGACUCGCGACAGUGUGGGUCGUGGAGAGAGGACUCCUUCAGACGCCGGCAUCCAGCGGGGCCCAGGCACGCAGGGGGAGGGGAUGCCCUCCACAGGUGGUGGACAGCGGCCGCACGACAGCGAGGGUCGUGGGGGUAUUAGCAGUCCUUCUGACGCUGGCGUCCGACCCCGCUCGCAGUCGCAGCUCCGCACGGACGACUUCGACAUGGAGGGACUUGGAGCGAGCUUGGGAGAUUUGAGUGCCCAGGGACGGGGAUGCGGCUCGUCAGCGGAGGUGCGCACCGACGACUUCAUUCUGCGGGGUGGUGUACAGUCUGAGGAGCGGUAUGCCCGUCUAGACCGGCAAGCAGAGGAGCAGCUUGAGCGUAUGCCACGAUGGGAGAGUUUGCCGGCGUAUCUUGAGGAGCAGCGUCGACAGAGGGAGUUGGAGACAGGCAUACAGGGAGGCGGCGACGCUGAGGACCCAGGUCACUUAGGUGUCCAUGAGGAGGCGGUGGGGGAGGAGUUUGCAGAUGAGGGACAGGAUGCCGACGCUGGAGGCAGGUCAUCUGCUCGGCGACAGGGUGGUGCUGAGAUUGGAGGAGAUGAGGGGGAGGAUGAUGAUGUGGCGGGCGGGUCCCCUCCACGAGGACAUGCCACUGGGGAGAGUGGUGGAGACGGGGACACCGCGGGUCAUGAGGGAGAUGAUGGGGCGGAGAGAGAGGACGAGCAGGCGGAGGAUGAUCCUUACCGUCUUGCGUUGGUGUUGAGGGACGCGAGAGUACCCCCCUUGCGCUCUGCUGCGGCGGGCGCGAGCACAUUCUACGACGCUGACGCUUUGGCGCAAGCGUUGAUAGAUGACCCUUUCUUGCACAUGGGCCGCAAGAGCGGCAAGACGCGGGCCCCUGGGAGGGUAUAUUCACCACCUCCAUUCGUGGUGCAGAGCCCUCACUGGUCGGGUUCGUCACUCAGCGGCGCGAGAGGGAGAGAGUCCGGAGAGGCCGAGGUCGGGUCGGGCAAACGCAACGACAGAGGCAGAGAUAGUGGGGGGUCGAUGGCUCCACCGCCCGCACGGGCUACCGAGGAGGAGCGGCAUGCGGGCGAGGAGACUCCGGCGCCGGGUGCCACGCACACCCGCGAUUCCCCGCCCCCUGUUAGAGGUGGUGUGGGUGGCGGGUGGUCGGCUCAUCGGAGGGUCAGCGAUCGGUUGUGGGGAGAUUACGAUGCUGGGAGGGGUGUAUUCGCGGGACGUACGUCGGCUCAGACGCAGCUUGCAGAGGGUGGGUCUGGUCGUCCGAGCCUUCAGAUGGCAGGUCACGUGCUGGGUAUGGGGCGAGUAGUGGCCAGGAGAUCAUUGGUCAUCCCCAUCCAAACUCCGGGAACAUCCGCGGACAUCCGAGAGGGACAGCGCUACUCAUCGGGCGAGGAGGGGUUGUUGAUGCGUCCCGGGGAGAGGCGACACCGGGGGAUUGAGGAUGUUCAGACCGUUGAGGCACUGGAGGCUCGGCUCACAGCAGAUAUCGCCGCCAGACAGGCAACUUUGGACGCGCUCCAGAGAGAGAGAGAGGAGAUUGCUGCACAGGCCGCUGAGGACGACGACACCGGCACAGAGUCGGAGGCCAUUGAGACUACGGUCCGCAGGCACCGAGCGGCCGUGGCAGCGGCAGCCGCUGCAGCACAGGCUGCGAACAUCAACGGGGCUCAGGGCAAAGGUGGCGGAGGGAGGGGAGGGCGCACGAGGGGACCGCCUGGCCACCCGCCUUCUGGGAGAGGGCGGGCGCGUUAAGGAGGGAGAUGACCGCACGCAUCUUUUUUUCUGUAGUCUUGUUUUUUUUUUUUUCAUUACGUUUUUGUGUUAUUAUUUUUGCUGCGUUACUGGACGCUGUGUCGGCAUC